AUCAUAACCCCACAGAAAAUGCCCCCGGCUACCCCUCAAUCCACCGCCGCCACCACCGCCGCCGCCGCUUCUACCGCCAAUCACCGCCCAGGAAACUCCAAUUCUAACCUAAACCCUAACAAAAUUGACCUAAAAAACCCUAACAAUCUCAACAGAGCAACCAAUUCGCGUAUCUCUUCCGUUGACACCGAUAUGCCCGACCCGAAUUCCUCGACCGGGAAUACUGCUGCCCGUCCCUCUUCUUCGAAUGCCUUAACGCCGAUCAAAAUUGACGGAUGGGAGGAGGAUGCUGUUCUGUCCCAAUCCAAGCAUUUGCAUCGAGUGGAAGUUUACAAAAGGAGGAAUAGACGGAGUAAGCAACUCCAGCGUAUAUACAGAGAUUGUUACUGGUCGUUAAUGGAGGAAGUCAAGCUCAAGCAUAGAGAGUAUUGCUGGAAGUUUGGAAUGAGUGCUUUUCAGGAAGAUGAGGAUAAGAAUAAUAAGGAUGGUACUCUAGGAACUGGAGAGAACAACGGGAAUGCGGUUACCAGUAAUACGUGUGGGGUUCAUGGCUGUAAGUCGAAGGCAAUGGCGCUUACGAGGUUCUGUCAUAUGCAUAUAUUGUCAGAUUCCAAGCAGAAGCUGUACAAGGCUUGCAGUUUUGCCAUCAAAAGUUCGCCAACAGGGCCCAUACUUUGUGGGAAGCCAAUAUUGAGGUCUGCUGUUCCUUCCUACUGCUCUCUUCAUUCUCAGAAGGCUGAAAAGCAUGUGGCACGGGCUUUAAAGAAGGCAGGACUUAAUGCCUCUAACACAAGUAAAAUAGUCCCCAAGUUUCAUGUUAUAGUUGCGGAAUGUGUUAGCCAGAUCCAAAACAGAAGAAGAGCUGCACAAAAAGCAACUCUAGAGAUGGCCGAGGUGAAAGAGGAGAGCAGCUGUUAAGGCCGAGCAUCACGUAAAACUGAAGCCUGUAUAUUUUCUUGGCAAGUUGGUGAUGCAACUAUAACAAGUAUAUUUGGUUAAAUAGGAUUUUGUGUGGGAAGA